AUGGAUAGCAAUGUGAGAUAAAAUAAUGAAAGAAAUUAGCAAAGAGGUAUUACAGUAGCGAGCUACAAUCGAUUAAUUUCUGAUUUGCAACGGCUUUUCCUGGGAAUCUAGGCUUACAAAAAAAGGAGAGCUGAAGCUUUUAUGUUCUCAGUUCUUCAGUCUUAGUUUUUACUUUUCUGUUCGGUGCUAUUUCUUAUUCUGCACUGGAGAAUCAACUUCGUCUAGGAAAUUGCUUUUCUUCCUCUAUUCAUCAUUUCAGUUAAGGAUAUAGCCCAGAGUAUCAAAGCAAUGAGAUAAUCGAGAAAACUAGCAAUAGAAUUUCACAACCUUAUUGACGAAAAUUAUUUAGACAUGAUUCCAAAUAUCCUUGAAAACUUAAUGAUACUUCUGCAAUUCGUAUUAAUCACUAUUUGCUUCAAUAAGUAAGAAAACUAGUACUACAAAUUGAUGCCCAUCCCGUAUUCCCUUAGUUUAUUUUGCCGAUGGGUAUUACCAAUUAUUCUGAAAUGUCUAUGUCAUCGUAAAACUCAAAAGGACAGAGAAAUAGAGGCUGCCUUGCAAUAAAGCGGGGGUAGUAGUGCAAAUUUUAGGCCAUAUUACAUUUUCUUAGCUAUGUCCUUUAUCUUCUCGUGUGGGUCUCUGUUUUUGUUUUUCAAUUACCUGUGCUAAAGAGUAAAUUAAAAUUCAUAUGGAAGAAAUCCAAAUCAAUCCCGAAGCAUGUCUCAGACUUUCAAUUCUAGAUAUACAGUAGACGAAGAGAGUGAUCACACUAACAACACUUAAAGUGUUUUUAAUUAGAAUCUUAGUUAAAUCAUGCUAAAUAAUAGAGAUAGAAAUAGAGCUGGCAACAAUCACGGAAGAUCUAGGGCAAGAGAAAGAGGAAGGGACAGAGAUUUGGAAUAAAGAAGCUAAUCAAGUGUUGCUCAAUAAUAGUAAUCUGCUCCUAGUAGUAAUAUACCAUAAAAUGAAAUUCAGAGAGGUUAGUAAGAUUAAAGAUUUUCUUACAAAAUUCAUGAGAAAAUUGAAAUGUGUCAAAGGGAAAUUGAAAACUCUUAAAACGAGGGUGAUGAUGGCAGAUUGAAUGGAAUAAACGCUGAAAAGCUCAACACUCUUUAGGAGAAUUUGACUCGAGUGAAUAUUGAUACUGUAGAAGAUCUGCCAUUUUCUAAGUUCCUAGUGAGAAUAUCACAAUCAUAUUAUUAGACAAUUGGUAAGUUUGCGAAAUCUCUGUUUUCUAAGACUGCUGUGAAUUAGAGAAGAAUGAUAUAGCCUCAAAAGAGCAGAUACAAAUCGAAAAUGCAUAUCAAUAAAAAGAUAAUCCAAAAGUAGCAAUAACUAUCAUUCAAGAAAUCUCAAAAAGUAAAAAUGAAUGAAUAGUUCAAGUUUGACAUAAAAGAUUCUAAGGUAAAUGAAACUGACAUUAUAGAUAUAUUGAGCAUCCCUGAUGAAAACAUGUCCCAAAAGAGGACUUAGAAACCUAGAAAAUCCCUUAAUAAUCAUUAAUAAAAUUUUUCAGAGCAAGAUGCCUCAAUAGAUAAAGAGGAUAAUCUAUUUCAGUCGUAACUUGCAAAGUUAGGAAAUGAUACUCUUGAACAUCAUAAGUAAUUAUCAGAAAUACUUAUAGAUGAUAGGCAGUGCUUCACUACGAAUUUAAAAUUUGAUGACACCGAAAAUAUUAGAAACUUAGAUAUAGAAUUUGGCUUUGAGGAGCACGAAAUCAAUUAACAUGAGUAGACUUUUAAAACUCCUUUUAAAGGAAAAGAUAUUUUGAAAGAUGAUGAUUAGGAAUUGAAUAUUGAUGAUGAGAAAAAGUAAAAUAAAAAUGUUGCUAGUAAAAAUAUAAGAAAGCCAAAUUUAAAACUCAAGAAAUGCUACUCAGCUGACUCUGUGUAUAAUGUAUUUGAUGAUGAUGGAUUCGAAAGCGAUAAGAAGCAUGAGAAAAGUGGGGAAUAAAAAGAUGGCAAUUCAAAGAGAAGUAAAAAUAUUGAUGAUGAAACACCUGGCUAAAUUAAAAUCUCUUCAUAGCAAUAAACAUAAUAUGAAUGUAUGCUCUGUCUUAGUGAGCCAUCAAAUUGUGUGCUGAUGGAUUGUGGACAUUCAAAUAUUUGCUUUAAUUGUGCAAUGAGGCUUGCAAUAAAAAGUAGAAGGUAAGGCUAGAUGCCGUUAUGCCAUUUGUGCAGAGAGGAAAUACAAUAUGCUCUAAAAAUUCAAGUAAGUGAAGAGAUCAUGGUAAGAAUAAAGCAAGGCAGGGAUACUGAAAGUCCAACAUUGAAUCCUGAUUUAGAUGAUGAGAAGCCUUAGAAAAAUUAUCAAAAUAAAUAGAAAAAGGGGGAAUAGUAUGUUAAGAUAUUGAGUUACGUAGACAUGCGUGAAGGUAUACCCAGAUAGUUACGAUAAAAUAAUAGGAGGAGAUAAUAGUAGAAGUUGCCUAAGUUUAAAGAACAUAUCAUAUCCUAAAGCACUAAAUGGUAAGUAGAAAACGCUGAUCACUCUGCAAUGAUGAAUGAGUUUGGUUUAUUUGAGAAUAUCAAAGAUAGCCAGAUGAUGAGCUAAUCAAGGAAGAAUAGUAUAAAGAAGUCAGAUUUAAAUAACCUAUAAAGUAACUAAAAUUUGGAUAUGCAAAAUUAAUCAACUAAAUAAAGAACUCUAGACAUUCAAUUGACUCUCAAUCCUGAUAACACUUCGCACACAAAUAAGUGCUACUUUGAUAAAUUAGUUUCGAGAUAUAAUUUCCCUCCAUAAUCUAAUAGCAAGCAACUUGACUGGGGAAGACGUCGAAACUCAAACUGA